AUGGCGUUUGUUGCAACACAAGGGGCCACGGUGGUUGACCAAACCACGCUGAUGAAAAAAUACCUUCAGUUCGUGGCAGCUCUCACAGAUGUAAACACACCUGAUGAAACAAAGUUAAAAAUGAUGCAGGAAGUUAGUGAAAAUUUCGAGAAUGUGACUUCCUCUCCUCAAUAUUCCACAUUCCUGGAACAUAUCAUCCCUCGAUUCCUUACGUUUCUUCAAGAUGGAGAAGUUCAGUUUCUUCAGGAGAAACCAGCCCAGCAACUGCGGAAGCUUGUUCUUGAAAUAAUUCAUCGGAUACCAACCAACGAGCAUCUUCGUCCUCAUACAAAAAAUGUUUUAUCUGUGAUGUUUCGCUUUUUAGAGACGGAAAAUGAAGAAAACGUUCUUAUUUGUCUAAGAAUAAUUAUUGAACUACACAAACAGUUCAGGCCACCCAUCACCCAGGAAAUUCAUCAUUUUUUGGAUUUUGUGAAACAGAUUUACAAGGAGCUUCCAAAAGUAGUGAACCGCUACUUUGAGAACCCUCAGGUGAUCCCUGAGAACACCGUCCCUCCCCCAGAGAUGGUCGGAAUGGUCACGACGAUCGCUGUGAAGGUGAACCCCGAGCGUGAUGACAGCGAGACAAGAGCCCAUUCCAUCAUUCCCAGAGGAUCGCUUUCUUUGAAAGUGUUGGCAGAAUUGCCCAUCAUUGUUGUCUUAAUGUAUCAGCUCUACAAACUGAAUAUCCACAAUGUCGUUGCGGAAUUUGUGCCCCUGAUCAUGAAUACCAUUGCAAUUCAGGUAUCUGCGCAAGCCAGGCAACAUAAACUUUACAACAAGGAGCUGUAUGCUGAUUUCAUUGCUGCUCAAAUUAAAACGUUGUCAUUUUUAGCUUACAUCAUUAGAAUUUACCAGGAGUUGGUGACUAAGUACUCUCAGCAAAUGGUCAAAGGGAUGCUACAGCUGCUUUCAAACUGCCCGGCGGAAACUGCGCACCUCCGGAAGGAGCUGCUCAUCGCUGCCAAGCACAUCCUCACCACUGAGCUGAGAAACCAGUUCAUUCCUUGCAUGGACAAGCUGUUUGACGAAUCCAUUCUGAUUGGCUCUGGAUACACCGCUCGGGAGACUCUCAGGCCCCUCGCUUACAGCACGCUGGCCGACCUCGUGCACCACGUCCGCCAGCACCUGCCCCUCAGCGACCUCUCCCUCGCCGUCCAGCUGUUCGCCAAGAACAUCGACGACGAGUCCCUGCCCAGCAGCAUCCAGACCAUGUCCUGCAAGCUCCUGCUGAACCUGGUGGACUGCAUCCGCUCCAAGAGCGAGCAGGAGAGCGGCAACGGGCGGGACGUGCUGAUGCGGAUGCUGGAGGUGUUUGUUCUCAAGUUCCACACCAUCGCGCGGUACCAGCUCUCUGCCAUUUUUAAGAAGUGCAAGCCUCAGUCUGAGCUCGGGGCCGUGGAGGCGGCCCUGCCUGGGGUGCCCGCGACCCCCGCAGCCCCGGGCCCAGCCCCCUCCCCAGCCCCCGUCCCGGCCCCCGCCCCACCGCCGCCCCCGCCGCCCACCCCUGCCACCCCCGUGACCCCAGCCCCCGUGCCGCCCUUUGAGAAGCAAGGCGAGAAGGACAAGGAGGACAAGCAGACGUUCCAGGUCACGGACUGCCGGAGUCUGGUCAAAACCCUGGUCUGCGGCGUCAAGACCAUCACGUGGGGCAUCACGUCGUGUAAAGCUCCUGGUGAAGCUCAGUUCAUCCCCAACAAGCAGCUACAGCCCAAAGAGACUCAGAUUUACAUCAAGCUUGUCAAGUACGCGAUGCAGGCCUUAGACAUUUAUCAGGUUCAGAUAGCAGGAAAUGGACAGACAUACAUCCGAGUAGCGAACUGCCAAACGGUGAGGAUGAAGGAAGAGAAGGAAGUGCUGGAGCACUUUGCUGGUGUCUUCACAAUGAUGAAUCCACUGACAUUUAAAGAAAUCUUUCAAACCACGGUCCCUUACAUGGUGGAAAGAAUCUCAAAAAAUUACGCUCUUCAGAUUGUUGCCAACUCCUUCCUGGCAAACCCUACUACCUCCGCUUUGUUUGCUACGAUCCUGGUGGAGUACCUCCUGGACCGCCUGCCAGAGAUGGGCUCCAACGUCGAGCUCUCCAACCUGUAUCUCAAGCUGUUCAAGUUGGUCUUCGGCUCUGUCUCCCUCUUCGCGGCUGAAAACGAGCAAAUGCUGAAGCCUCACCUGCACAAGAUUGUCAACAGCUCGAUGGAGCUCGCCCAGACGGCCAAAGAGCCCUACAACUACUUCCUGCUGCUGCGGGCCUUGUUCCGCUCCAUUGGGGGCGGGAGCCAUGAUCUCCUGUAUCAGGAAUUCCUGCCCCUCCUCCCCAACCUCCUGCAAGGGCUCAACAUGCUGCAGAGCGGCCUGCACAAGCAGCACAUGAAGGACCUGUUCGUGGAGCUGUGUCUCACGGUGCCCGUGCGGCUGAGCUCGCUGCUGCCCUACCUGCCCAUGCUCAUGGACCCGCUGGUGUCGGCGCUCAACGGCUCCCAGACGCUGGUCAGCCAAGGCCUGCGGACGCUGGAGCUGUGCGUGGACAACCUGCAGCCUGACUUCCUGUAUGACCACAUCCAGCCCGUGCGCGCCGAGCUCAUGCAGGCUUUGUGGCGCACCUUACGUAACCCCGCGGACAGCAUCUCGCACGUGGCCUACCGCGUCCUCGGGAAGUUCGGCGGCAGCAACAGGAAGAUGCUCAAGGAGUCCCAGAAGCUGCUGUACGUCGUGACUGAAGUUCAGGGCCCCAGCGUCACCGUGGAGUUUUCUGACUGUAAAGCGUCCCUUCAGCUCCCGAUGGAGAAGGCCAUUGAAACAGCCCUCGACUGCCUGAAGAGCGCCAACACCGAGCCCUACUACCGGAGGCAGGCGUGGGAAGUGAUCAAGUGCUUCCUGGUGGCGAUGAUGAGCCUGGAGGACAACAAGCACGCGCUCUACCAGCUCCUGGCCCACCCUAACUUUACGGAAAAGACCAUCCCCAACGUCAUCAUAUCACAUCGCUACAAAGCACAGGACACCCCAGCCCGGAAGACCUUCGAGCAGGCCCUGACUGGAGCAUUCAUGUCUGCGGUCAUUAAAGAUCUGCGGCCCAGCGCCCUGCCCUUUGUGGCCAGCUUGAUCCGCCACUACACAAUGGUGGCGGUCGCCCAGCAGUGUGGCCCCUUCCUGCUCCCGUGCUACCAGGGGGGCAGCCAGCCCAGCACCGCCAUGUUCCACAGCGAGGAGAACGGGUCCAAAGGGAUGGACCCCCUGGUCCUCAUUGACGCCAUCGCCAUCUGCAUGGCGUAUGAGGAGAAGGAGCUCUGCAAGAUUGGGGAGGUGGCCCUCGCCGUGAUCUUCGACGUGGCGAGCAUCAUCCUGGGCUCGAAGGAGCGGGCGUGCCAGCUGCCCCUCUUCUCCUAUAUCGUGGAGCGCCUGUGCGCCUGCUGCUACGAGCAGGCCUGGUACGCGAAGCUGGGCGGCGUGGUGUCCAUCAAGUUCCUCAUGGAGCGCCUGCCCCUCACCUGGGUGCUGCAGAACCAGCAGACCUUCCUCAAAGCACUGCUCUUCGUCAUGAUGGACCUGACGGGCGAGGUUUCCAACGGGGCGGUCGCCAUGGCCAAGACCACCCUGGAGCAGCUUCUGAUGAGGUGUGCGACGCCCCUCAAGGACGAAGAGAGGGCGGAGGAGAUCGUGGCGGCCCAGGAGAAGUCCUUCCACCACGUGACCCACGACCUGGUGCGGGAGGUCACGUCCCCGAACUCCACUGUGCGGAAGCAGGCCAUGCACUCUCUGCAGGUGCUGGCCCAGGUCACCGGGAAGAGCGUGACCGUGAUCAUGGAGCCGCACAAGGAGGUCCUCCAGGACAUGGUCCCCCCUAAGAAGCACCUGCUGCGACACCAGCCCGCCAAUGCCCAGAUCGGCCUGAUGGAGGGGAACACGUUCUGCACCACGCUGCAGCCCCGGCUCUUCACGAUGGACCUCAACGUGGUGGAGCACAAGGUGUUCUACACAGAGCUCUUGAACUUGUGCGAGGCUGAAGAUUCGGCUUUAACAAAGCUGCCCUGUUACAAAAGCCUGCCGUCGCUUGUGCCUCUACGGAUCGCGGCCCUAAAUGCACUUGCGGCCUGCAAUUAUCUUCCUCAGUCCAGAGAGAAGAUCAUUGCUGCGCUCUUCAAAGCCCUGAACUCAACCAACAGCGAGCUCCAGGAGGCCGGAGAAGCCUGCAUGAGAAAGUUUUUAGAAGGUGCUACCAUAGAAGUAGACCAGAUCCACACUCACAUGCGCCCGCUGUUGAUGAUGCUGGGGGACUAUCGGAGCCUGACGCUCAACGUCGUCAAUCGUCUGACCUCGGUGACCAGGCUCUUCCCAAACUCCUUCAAUGAUAAAUUUUGUGAUCAGAUGAUGCAACAUCUGCGAAAGUGGAUGGAAGUGGUGGUCCUCACCCACAAAGGGGGCCAGAGGAGCGACGGAAAUGAGAUGAAAAUCUGCUCUGCCAUCAUAAACCUUUUUCAUCUGAUCCCAGCUGCGCCCCAGACUCUGGUCAAGCCUCUGCUAGAGGUAGUGAUGAAGACCGAACGGGCCAUGUUGAUCGAGGCUGGCAGUCCCUUCAGAGAACCUCUGAUCAAGUUCCUGACGCGCCACCCCUCGCAAACGGUGGAGCUGUUCAUGAUGGAGGCGACGCUGAACGACCCCCAGUGGAGCCGCAUGUUCAUGAGUUUCUUAAAACACAAAGAUGCCAGACCUCUUCGAGAUGUGCUGGCGGCCAACCCCAAUCGGUUCAUCACACUGCUGUUGCCGGGCGGCACCCAGACGGCGGCGCGCCCUGGCUCGCCAAGCACCAGCACCCUGCGACUGGACCUGCAGUUCCAGGCCGUCAAGAUCAUCAGUAUCAUCGUUAAAAACGAAGACUCCUGGCUGGCCAGUCAGCACUCCCUGGUGAGCCAGCUGAGGCGUGUGUGGGUCAGUGAAACCUUUCAAGAAAGACACCGGAAGGAGAACAUGGCGGCCACCAACUGGAAGGAGCCCAAGCUGCUGGCCUACUGUCUGCUGAGUUACUGCAAGAAGAAUUUUGGAGACAUUGAGUUGCUAUUCCAGCUGCUCCGGGCCUUCACCGGUCGCUUCCUCUGCAACAUGACCUUCCUAAAGGAGUACAUGGAGGAGGAGAUUCCCAAAAACUACAACAUCGCCCAGAAACGGGCCCUGUUUUUUCGCUUUGUGGACUUCAAUGACCCCAACUUCGGAGAUGAGCUGAAAGCCAAGGUUCUGCAGCAUAUCUUGAAUCCUGCUUUCUUAUAUAGCUUUGAGAAGGGAGAAGGAGAGCAGCUCCUAGGACCUCCCAAUCCAGAGGGCGAUAACCCGGAGAGCAUCACCAGUGUGUUCAUUACCAAGGUCCUGGAGCCCGAGAAGCAGGCGGACAUGCUGGACUCGCUGCGCAUCCACCUGCUACAGUUUGCCACGCUGCUGGUGGAGCAUGCGCCCCAUCACAUCCACGACAACAACAAGAACCGCAACAGCAAGCUGCGCCGCCUCAUGACCUUCGCGUGGCCCUGCCUGCUGUCCAAGGCCUGCGUGGACCCCGCCUGCAAGUACAGCGGGCACCUGCUGCUGGCCCACAUCAUUGCCAAGUUCGCCAUCCACAAGAAGAUCGUCCUGCAGGUGUUCCACAGUCUUCUCAAGGCGCACGCCAUGGAAGCGCGCGCCAUUGUCAGGCAGGCAAUGGCCAUUCUGACCCCGGCGGUGCCUGCCCGGAUGGAGGACGGGCACCAGAUGCUGACCCACUGGACGAGGAAGAUCAUCGUGGAGGAGGGCCACACGGUCCCACAGCUGGUCCACAUCCUGCAUCUGAUCGUGCAGCACUUCAAGGUGUAUUACCCCGUGCGGCACCACCUGGUGCAGCACAUGGUGAGCGCCAUGCAGCGGCUGGGCUUCACGCCCAGCGUCACCAUCGAGCAGAGGCGGCUGGCCGUGGACCUGUCCGAGGUCGUCAUCAAGUGGGAGCUGCAGCGGAUCAAGGACCAGCAGCCCGAUUCAGACAUGGACCCGAACUCGAGUGGAGAAGGCGUCACCUCCGUCUCGUCUUCCAUCAAGAGAGGGCUGUCGGUGGACUCCGCGCAGGAGGUGAAGCGCUUCAGGACGGCCACGGGCGCCAUCAGCGCGGUGUUCGGGCGGAGCCAGUCUCUGCCGGGCGCAGACUCCCUGCUCGCCAAGCCCAUCGACAAGCAGCACACGGACACCGUGGUGAACUUCCUCAUCCGCGUGGCCUGUCAGGUUAACGACAACACCAGCGCGGCGGGCUCUCCUGGGGAGGUGCUGUCCCGCCGGUGUGUGACCCUCCUGAAGACGGCCUUGCGCCCAGACAUGUGGGCCAAGUCGGAGCUCAAGCUGCAGUGGUUCGACAAGCUGCUGAUGAGUGUGGAGCAGCCAAACCAGGUGAACUAUGGGAACAUCUGCACCGGCUUGGAAGUGCUGAGCUUCCUGCUCACUGUCCUGCAGCCGCCGGCCAUCCUGAGCAGCUUCAAACCCCUGCAGCGGGGCGUGGCCGCCUGCAUGACGUGCGGGAACACCAAGGUGCUGCGGGCCGUGCACAGCCUGCUGUCCCGCCUCAUGAGCCUCUUCCCCACCGAGCCGAGCACUUCCAGCGUGGCCUCCAAGUACGAGGAACUGGAGUGCCUGUACGCGGCCGUGGGCAAGGUCAUCUACGAGGGGCUCACCAACUACGAGAAGGCCACCAGCGCCAACCCCUCCCAGCUCUUCGGGACCCUGAUGAUCCUCAAGUCCGCCUGCAGCAACAACCCGAGCUACAUUGACAGGCUGAUCUCGGUCUUCAUGCGCUCCCUGCAGAAGAUGGUGCGCGAGCACCUGAGCCCGCAGGCCGCCUCGGGCAGCACGGAGGCCGCCUCAGGGACCAGCGAGCUGGUGAUGCUGAGUCUGGAGCUGGUGAAGACGCGCCUGGCCGUGAUGAGCAUGGAGAUGAGGAAGAACUUCAUUCAGGCCAUCCUGACCUCCCUCAUUGAGAAAUCCCCCGAUGCCAAAAUCCUCCGGUCCGUGGUGAAAAUUGUGGAAGAAUGGGUUAAAAACACUUCCCCGAUGGCGGCCAAUCAGACACCUACACUGCGGGAAAAGUCCAUUUUGCUUGUGAAAAUGAUGACCUACAUAGAAAAGCGUUUUCCAGAAGACCUUGAACUAAACGCGCAGUUUUUAGACCUUGUUAACUACGUCUACAGGGAUGAGACGCUGUCAGGCAGCGAGCUGACCGCGAAGCUUGAGCCGGCCUUUCUCUCGGGCCUGCGCUGUGCCCAGCCGCUCAUCAGGGCCAAGUUUUUCGAGGUUUUCGACAACUCAAUGAAGCGUCGCGUCUACGAGCGCCUGCUCUACGUGACCUGCUCCCAGAACUGGGAGGCCAUGGGGAACCACUUCUGGAUCAAGCAGUGCAUUGAGCUGCUCCUGGCCGUGUGUGAGAAGAGCACGCCCAUCGGGACCAGCUGCCAGGGUGCCAUGCUGCCCUCCAUCACCAACGUCAUCAACCUGGCCGACAGCCACGACCGCGCGGCCUUCGCCAUGGUGACGCACGUGAAGCAGGAGCCCCGGGAGCGCGAGAACAGCGAGUCCAAGGAGGAGGAUGUAGAGAUAGAUAUUGAACUGGCUCCUGGAGAUCAGACCAGCACGCCCAAAACCAAAGAGCUGUCUGAGAAGGACAUUGGAAACCAACUGCACAUGUUAACCAACAGACAUGACAAAUUUCUUGAUACGCUCCGGGAAGUGAAGACGGGAGCCCUGCUGGGCGCCUUCGUCCAGCUCUGCCACAUCUCCACCACGCUGGCUGAGAAGACAUGGGUCCAGCUCUUCCCCAGGCUGUGGAAAAUCCUGUCUGACAGACAACAGCAUGCUCUGGCGGGGGAGAUCAGCCCGUUCCUGUGCAGCGGCAGCCACCAGGUGCAGCGGGACUGCCAGCCCAGCGCCCUCAACUGCUUUGUGGAGGCCAUGUCCCAGUGUGUCCCGCCCAUCCCCAUCCGGCCCUGCGUCCUCAAGUACCUGGGCAAGACCCACAACCUCUGGUUCCGCUCCACCUUGAUGCUGGAGCACCAGGCCUUCGAGAAGGGGCUGAGCCUGCAGAUCAAGCCCAAGCAGACAGCCGAGUUCUAUGAGCAGGAGAGCAUCACUCCACCCCAGCAGGAGAUCCUGGACUCCCUUGCGGAGCUCUACUCUCUGCUGCAGGAGGAGGACAUGUGGGCGGGCUUGUGGCAGAAGCGCUGCAAGUACUCGGAGACGGCCACGGCCAUCGCCUACGAGCAGCACGGCUUCUUUGAGCAGGCGCAAGAGUCCUAUGAAAAGGCAAUGGACAAAGCCAAGAAGGAACACGAGAGGAGCAACGCUUCCCCCGCCAUUUUCCCGGAGUACCAGCUUUGGGAGGAUCACUGGAUCCGGUGUUCCAAGGAGCUGAACCAGUGGGAAGCCUUGACGGAGUACGGCCAGUCCAAAGGUCACAUCAACCCUUACCUGGUCCUGGAGUGUGCCUGGCGGGUUUCCAACUGGACCGCCAUGAAGGAAGCCCUGGUGCAGGUAGAGGUGAGCUGUCCGAAGGAGAUGGCCUGGAAGGUCAACAUGUACCGUGGGUACCUGGCUAUCUGCCACCCCGAGGAGCAGCAGCUGAGCUUCAUCGAGCGCCUGGUGGAGAUGGCCAGCAGCCUGGCCAUCCGCGAGUGGCGGCGGCUGCCCCAUGUGGUGUCACACGUGCACACGCCUCUGCUCCAGGCAGCCCAGCAAAUCAUCGAGCUUCAGGAGGCUGCUCAGAUUAACGCAGGCUUGCAGCCCAGCAACCUGGGGAGGAACAACAGCCUGCACGACAUGAAGACGGUGGUGAAGACAUGGCGGAACCGGCUGCCCAUCGUGUCGGACGACCUGUCCCACUGGAGCAGCGUGUUCAUGUGGCGGCAGCAUCAUUACCAGGCUAUUGUAACUGCAUAUGAAAACAGUUCUCAGCACGACCCAAGUUCAAACAAUGCUAUGCUUGGGGUUCACGCGUCGGCUUCAGCGAUCAUCCAAUAUGGAAAAAUUGCCCGGAAGCAGGGCCUGGUCAAUGUGGCUCUGGAUAUAUUAAGUCGUAUCCACACCAUUCCAACCGUCCCUAUUGUGGAUUGCUUCCAGAAGAUUCGUCAGCAGGUCAAAUGCUACCUCCAGCUGGCAGGCGUCAUGGGCAAGAACGAGUGUAUGCAGGGCCUUGAAGUUAUUGAAUCCACAAACUUAAAGUACUUCACAAAAGAGAUGACGGCUGAAUUUUAUGCACUGAAGGGGAUGUUCUUGGCUCAGAUUAACAAGUCUGAGGAAGCGAACAAAGCGUUCUCUGCGGCUGUGCAGAUGCACGACGUGCUGGUGAAAGCCUGGGCCAUGUGGGGCGACUACCUGGAGAACAUCUUCGUCAAGGAGCGGCAGCUGCAUCUUGGAGUGUCUGCCAUCACCUGCUACCUGCAUGCCUGCCGGCACCAGAACGAGAGCAAGUCGAGGAAGUACUUGGCCAAGGUGCUGUGGCUUCUGAGUUUUGACGAUGACAAAAACACCCUGGCAGAUGCCGUGGACAAGUACUGCAUCGGCGUGCCGCCCAUCCAGUGGCUGGCCUGGAUCCCGCAGCUGCUCACCUGUCUGGUCGGCUCUGAGGGGAAGCUGCUUUUGAACCUGAUUAGCCAGGUGGGACGUGUGUAUCCCCAGGCUGUAUACUUCCCCAUCCGGACCCUGUACCUGACGCUGAAGAUAGAGCAGCGGGAGCGCUACAAGAGCGAUUCUGGACAACAGCAGCCAAGUUCAGUGGGUAACCAGUCCCAUUCUGCAUCAGAUCCAGGGCCCAUAAGAGCCACGGCCCCCAUGUGGCGCUGCAGCCGUAUCAUGCACAUGCAGCGGGAGCUGCACCCGACGCUGCUGUCUUCCCUGGAAGGCAUCGUCGACCAGAUGGUCUGGUUCCGGGAGAACUGGCACGAGGAGGUCCUCAGGCAGCUCCAGCAGGGCCUGGCCAAGUGCUACUCGGUGGCCUUUGAGAAGAGCGGAGCAGUGUCGGACGCCAAGAUCACGCCCCACACCCUCAACUUCGUCAAGAAGCUGGUGAGCACGUUCGGGGUGGGCCUGGAGAACGUGUCCAACGUCUCCACCAUGUUCUCCAGCGCCGCCUCCGAGUCCCUGGCCCGACGCGCCCAGGCCACUGCCCAGGACCCCGUCUUCCAGAAGCUGAAAGGCCAGUUCACCACCGAUUUUGACUUCAGUGUUCCAGGAUCCAUGAAGCUUCAUAAUCUGAUUUCCAAACUGAAAAAGUGGAUCAAAAUCCUGGAGGCUAAAACCAAGCAGCUUCCAAAAUUCUUCCUCAUUGAAGAGAAGUGCCGGUUUCUGAGCAACUUCUCAGCACAGACGGCAGAGGUGGAAAUUCCCGGGGAGUUUCUGAUGCCGAAGCCGACACAUUACUACAUCAAGAUCGCUCGGUUCAUGCCCCGGGUGGAGAUCGUGCAGAAGCACAACACGGCCGCCAGGAGGCUCUACAUCCGCGGGCACAACGGCAAGAUCUACCCGUACCUGGUCAUGAACGAUGCCUGCCUGACCGAGUCGCGGCGGGAGGAGCGCGUGCUGCAGCUGCUGCGCCUGCUCAACCCCUGCCUGGAGAAGCGGAAGGAGACCACCAAGAGGCACCUGUUCUUCACAGUCCCCCGCGUGGUGGCCGUGUCCCCGCAGAUGCGCCUGGUGGAGGACAACCCCUCCUCGCUGUCGCUGGUGGAGAUCUACAAGCAGCGCUGCGCCAAGAAGGGCAUUGAGCACGACAACCCCAUCUCCCGCUACUACGACCGCCUGGCCACGGUGCAGGCACGCGGGACGCAGGCCAGCCACCAGGUCCUUCGCGACAUCCUCAAGGAGGUUCAGAGCAACAUGGUGCCCCGCAGCAUGCUCAAGGAGUGGGCCCUGCACACCUUCCCCAACGCCACUGACUACUGGACCUUCCGCAAGAUGUUCACCAUCCAGCUCGCGCUCAUCGGCUUCGCGGAGUUCGUCCUGCACCUCAACAGACUCAACCCCGAGAUGCUGCAGAUCGCCCAGGACACCGGCAAGCUGAACGUGGCCUACUUCCGCUUUGACAUAAACGACGCCACCGGGGACUUGGAUGCCAACCGCCCUGUCCCUUUCCGUCUCACGCCCAACAUCUCCGAGUUUCUGACCACCAUCGGCGUCUCCGGCCCCUUGACUGCGUCCAUGAUCGCCGUCGCCCGCUGCUUCGCCCAGCCCAACUUCAAGGUGGACGGCAUCCUGAAAACUGUGCUGCGGGACGAGAUCAUCGCCUGGCACAAGAAGACGCAGGAGGACACGUCGUCCCCGCUAUCAGCCGCCGGGCAGCCUGAGAACAUGGACAGCCAGCAGCUGGUGUCCCUGGUGCAGAAGGCUGUGACGGCCAUCGUGACCCGCCUGCACAACCUCGCCCAGUUCGAGGGCGGGGAGAGCAAAGUCAACACCCUCGUGGCCGCUGCCAACAGCCUGGACAACCUGUGCCGCAUGGACCCCGCCUGGCACCCUUGGCUGUGA